GAAGGAGGAUCCAGUGAAAGGAUUUGGUGUCAGGACAGGAGAUUAAGAAUUCCGUGGCUUCAGAGAAGUAUGAAAUGCUGGUGUGUCUGCCUGCAGCCGUCAGUGUUAAUUUUGGGCGGCUGAUGGUCAGAGCCUUUGAUGGUGAGCGGGACGCUGCCUCACGAUGAGUUACUGGAGUCUGGAUAAGAAGAGCUGCCUGCAAUACUGCCGGCACUUCCUAGCGGACAACGGCGUGUUCCACGUUGAAAGAUGCAUGAGUGUGAUGCAGUCUGGGACGCAGAUGGUGAAGCUGAAGAGUGGAACCAAGGGGCUGGUCCGUCUCUUCUACCUGGACGAGCACAGGACCUGCAUCCGAUGGAGGCCCUCCCGCAAGAGCGAAAAGGCAAAAAUUGUCAUCGACUCCAUUUACAAAGUGAGCGAGGGCCGGCAGUCGGAGAUCUUCCACCGCCACGCCGAGGGCAGCUUCGACCCCAGCUGCUGCUUCACCAUUUACCAUGGCAACCACCUGGAGAGCCUGGACCUGAUCACGUCCAACCCCGAGGAGGCUCGCACCUGGGUCACGGGGCUCAAGUACCUCCUGGCCGGGAUCAGCGACGAGGACUCGCUGGCCAAGCGCCAGAGGACGCACGACCACUGGGUGAAGCAGACCUUCGAGGAGGCUGACAAGAACGGGGACGGGCUGCUGAACAUCGAGGAGAUCCACCAGCUGAUGCACAAGCUGAACGUCAGCCUGCCCCGCAGGAAGGUCCGCCAGAUGUUCCAGGAGGCAGACACAGAUGAGAACCAAGGAACCCUGAACUUCGAAGAAUUCUCAGUGUUUUACAAGAUGAUGUCCUUGCGUCGAGAUCUGUACCUGCUGCUCCUAAGCUACAGUGACAAGAAGGAUCAUCUCACUGCUGAGGAGCUGGCCCAGUUUCUGAGGGUGGAACAGAAGAUGAAUAAUGUGACACCAGAAUAUUGUCUGGACAUCAUACAGAAGUUUGAAGUGUCAGAAGAAAACAAGAAGCAAAAUGUUCUUGGGAUUGAAGGCUUCACCAGCUUCAUGCGCAGCCCGGCGUGCGAGGUGUCCAACCCGCUGCACCGCCACGUGCACCAGGACAUGCAGCAGCCCCUGUGCCACUACUUCAUCGCCUCGUCCCACAACACCUACCUGAGCGGGGACCAGCUGCUCUCCCAGUCCCGCGCCGACAUGUACGCACGCGUGCUGCAGGCUGGCUGCCGCUGCGUCGAAGUGGAUUGCUGGGAUGGCCCAGAUGGGGAGCCAGUGGUGCACCAUGGCUACACCCUGACUUCCAAAAUCCUCUUCCGGGACGUGGCAGAAACCAUCAAUAAAUAUGCCUUCAUCAAAAACGAGUUUCCAGUGAUCCUGUCCAUUGAAAACCACUGCAGUAUUCAACAGCAAAAGAAGAUUGCCCAGUACCUGAAGGAGAUAUUUGGUGACAAACUGGACUUGUCAUCUGUGAGCACUGGAGACCCCAGGCAGCUUCCUAGCCCUCAGGAUUUAAAAGGGAAAAUCCUAGUGAAGGGUAAGAAGUUGCCCUGCAGCCUUGGAGCAGAUGCUGAGGAAGGAGAGGUUUCAGAAGAGGACAGUGCUGAUGAAAUUGAGGACGACUGCAAGUUAAAGCCCUGCUUUAGCAAUGGUGCAACUCAGCACCAGGUGGAAUCCUUCAUACGGACGAAACUGGAGUCUCUGCUGAAAGAAUCCCAAAUCAGGGACAAGGAGGAUCCUGACAGCUUCACUGUGAGGGCCCUGCUGAAGGCAACUCACCAGAGCUUCAGUGUGAACAUGAAGCAGAACUUAGACACAAAAGAAGGUGGAAAAAAGUCUCAUGGUCGAUCAUUAAUGGGGAACUUCAGUAAACACAAGAGAGCUGCCAAGGCAGCAGCCAAAGCCUACAGUGCCUCGGAUGAUGAGGACGGCCAGCAGCACCCUCCGGGCAAGGAGCUGGGGCAGCCCCACAGCAGGCUGGCCCGCCGCAGGAAGACAGUGAAGCUGUGCCGGGCCCUGUCGGACCUGGUGGUGUACACCAACUCUGUGGCAGCCCAGGACAUCGUGGAUGAUGGCUCCACAGGGAACGUGCUGUCGUUCAGUGAGACCAGAGCCCACCAGGCAGUGCAGCAGAAGGCUGAGCAGUUCAUGCUUUACAACCAGAGGCAGCUGACCCGGGUCUAUCCCUCAGCCUACCGGAUCGACUCCAGCAACUUCAACCCUGUUCCCUACUGGAAUGUGGGCUGCCAGUUAGUGGCCCUAAACUACCAGUCUGAGGGACGUGUGAUGCAGUUAAAUGAAGCAAAAUUCAGGGUAAAUGGCAACUGUGGUUAUGUCCUCAAACCUCAGCAGAUGUGCAAAGGCACGUUCAACCCCUACUCUGCUGAUCCACUUCCUGCCAGUCCUAAGAAGCAGCUGAUUCUGAAGAUCAUCAGUGGGCAGCAGCUCCCCAAGCCCCCUGACUCAAUGCUGGGGGACAGAGGAGAGAUCAUAGAUCCCUUUGUUGAGGUGGAGAUUAUUGGGUUACCUGUUGACUGCUGUAAAGAUCAGACCAGAGUGGUGGAUGACAAUGGGUUCAAUCCUGUGUGGGAGGAGACCCUCACCUUCACCAUCCACAUGCCCGAGAUUGCCCUGGUGCGCUUCCUGGUCUGGGACCACGACCCCAUCGGGAGGGACUUUGUGGGCCAGAGAACUGUGGCCUUCAGCAGCCUCGUGCCUGGCUAUCGCCACGUGUAUUUAGAAGGACUCACAGAAGCUUCCAUAUUUGUUCAUAUAAUCAUUAAUGAGACCUAUGGAAAGUGGAGCCCUUUAAUCCUCAAUCCCAGUUACACAAUAAUGCACUUUCUAGGAGCCACCAAGAGCAAGCAGCUGAUGGGGCUCCGAGGGCUCUUCUCCAAGGCGCCCAAGGCGGGCACGGCCGAGCCCAGCGGGCACCACGCGCGCAAGCGCUCCAUCGGCGAGCGCAUCCUGCGGCGCACGGCCAGCGCCCCGGCCAAGGGCAGGAAGAAGAGCAAGAUAGGCUUCCUGGAGGCUGCUGAGAUGAAGGACAGCGCCUCGGAGCCGGCAGACCUGAAGGACAAGGACGGGGUGCUGCGGCGGCCGAACCGCCCCUCGCAGGCGCGCCCCGCCUCCAUGCCCGUGGACAGGUUCCUCAUGGUGGAGCUGCCCUGCCCUGCACAGGACACUGCCCAGGAGGCCGAGGCAGAGGACAACACAUCUGUACAAAUGUGACUAGGAACACAGCUGAAGCCAACAGUGAUGACAAUACAAAUGAGAAGGAAACAAGCUUGAAAGAAUUGGGUUCUCCACCUUCGGAGCAA